UUUUGGAAGCAACAUAUAGUCGAAGUUUCCUUAAGAUUAUGAUAUCAUGCAUCGCCUUUGUGAUUCAAAUUUACAUACAUUUUAUUAAUAACCUACUAUUCAACGGAGGGAUUACGGUAAAAUUGUAAAUAAAUUAUCAUAAAGUCUAAUUUAUUGAAAUAAAUCACCAGGAGUGAAUGCGGAAGUACACAAUCAACAGCGCCACAAAAUAGUAAACAAACAAUGGAGUUUCACGAAAAGGCGCUAUCAUUUCUUUGUUUCUGCUGUGGAAAAAAAAAAUCAAGGUGAACGAUGAGAAAUACAAUUUGGAUAAUAUGAACAACAGGCCUGCAUCUUAUGAUAUUAAUAAUAAAAACAAUCCAAAGUCACUAUGCUCCACAUGUCAUUCUCGUUAUUGCAAAGAGCAUAAGAUUACCCCUUUUGAGUUUACAGCACACAAAGAGUUCUGUUUAACAUGUUACUUGUAUACAAAUCAAUUAAGACCAGGUCCCAGACCAAAGAAGUUUAUGAUUAACUCUAAUCCAAGAAGUGAAAGUGGCACUUUUGAAACAUUUUCUGCUUUGGCUACGGUUAAUCAACAGUUUCAAAUUUUGCACAAAGCAGAUGAAGUGUAUCAAUGCAACAUUUGCAAUAAACUUCUGUCAUUGGAUAGUGUGAAGACACCAUGUGAUCAUUUUUUUUGUGCUUUUUGCAUAAAUAAGCUAUUCAAAGCAAUUCGCAAGUCAUCAAUCCAAUGCUUUUGCUGUAGUUACAAUUUUAGCCAGAAAGAUCUGAACAAAAUUCCUCAAAUAAUUGAGCAUACAAUAACAAUGGUUCCACUUCAGUGUCGCAAAUGUAAAGAGCAACUCGUAUUAAAUGGAACAAUUAACCACAUUUGUAAAAGUAACAAGGAACAAGCCUUCUUCAAAAUCCGAAAUGCUGUUCAGGAAAUUGAAGAGGCCAGGGCGGAAAACCACAUAUGUCCAACUGAACUCACAGAUUUAGCUCAUAAAUUAGUACACAGAGAAACCCAGGUAUCUAAUGGAAAGUUGUCAAUAAAAACUCAAGGACGGCCACUAAAGAUGGUUACAGAAUCAAAAACUGAAACAGUAAAGGUGAUUUCUGAUAUUGAUAAGCAGAAAAUGGAUGCAAAGAGAUGCCUAGGCAUAAUGAAUGCUUGCAAAAUUAAUUGAAGUCAGCAACGAGCAUUACGGAGGUAAAAUAAUACUUAUUGAUAAUGCAUUAUCAUCUAAUAAAUCCUAAGUAAAUAAAACAAUUCAAUAUAAUGUAACAUAAUAUAAAGUUUGUUUUAUUCAAUUUUAUUACAGUACAAAGAAAUUAACAUAAAAUAAAAGUAUUAAGAAAUUAAUUAAGAAACAUAUUAUUACAAUAAUUAUAAUAGCUAAAGAAAAACAACAAUUUUUCAGUAACUCAGGUAAUAAUACAGUAAGGUACAGUAACUUGUUGUUAUGGAAUUCACAAUAUUCUCUUGCUACAUUUUAAUAUAUAAUUUCAGAUUCUGCCCAGGUUUCUUUGCAUCGGAAAGGCAAAUGAGGUCCCUACAAGAAAAGAAUGUUGGCGACUACUUAAUGAAAUCAAUGGAGUACAUGUUUGUAAAACGGGAAGGGGUGACAUCCAUUGGAGGCUUAGUCCUGGAAGAAGUGCCAGUAGUCAGAAUAACCAAGAUCAAGCAGCUGUUAUAUGACUACUUAAAUCAAUAUGACAAGUAAGUUAAACUGUUUUAUUAUUUACAUAAUUUUAUUUAUUUACAUUUAUUAAUUGAUAAUAAUCUAGUGUCAUGUACUACAGUAUUGUAAAAACAAAUUUUAUAUCAAGAGAAACAUACUAAAAAUGAAUCCUGUAUAAAAAACAAGUGUAAAUGUAACUCUUAGUACUGAAUAGAAUAUUAUGCCAAACCCUCACUAUAUUUUUUGUAGGUCAGAAGAACAGUUGAAUUUUCACAAUGGUGACAUUCUUUUGAAAUUUGGUGGGGACAAAGGCGGCAAUUCAACCAAGUUUGAACUUCAACUUUGCUGUUUAGCUAAACCUAAUGCCCUUUACAACAUCAUUGUAGUCCUUGUGUUUGAGGCUCCAGACCUCACAAUUAACAUCGAAAAAGGACUGAAUCUCAUUAUUGAUGAU